AUGUCUGCGCUCUGGGCCCUGCUGGCCCUCGGCUGCCUGCGGCUCGGCUCAGCUGUGAACCUUCAGCCCCAGCUGGCCAGCGUGACCUUCACCACCAACAACCCCACGCUCACCACUGUGGCAUUGGAGAAGCCGCUCUGCAUGUUUGAAAGCAACACUGCCCUUGUUGGCACCUACGAGGUCUACCUCUACGUCCUCGCUGAGUCGGCCAGCCUCAGGAACGCCUCCAUACAGGACCACACCAGUGCCCCGCUGAGCUCGACAUUCCAGCAAACAGAGGGCGGGCGGACAGGCCCCUACAAGGCCGCGGCCUUUGAUCUGCAGCCCUGCAGCGACCUGCCCAGCCUGGAUGCCGUGGAGGAUGUGUCCCGGGCCUCAGAGAUCCUCAGCACAUACCUGGUCAGGGUAGGCGCCAAUGGGACCUGCCUGUCCGACCCCAACUUCCAGGGCCUCUGCAACCCACCCCUGUCGGUGGCCACGGAAUACAGGUUCAAGUACGUCCUUGUCAAUAUGUCCACGGGCUUGGUACAGGACCAGACCCUCUGGUCGGACCCCAUUCGCACCAACCGGCUCACCCCUUACUCAGCGAUUGACACGUGGCCUGGGCGGCGGAGCGGAGGCAUGAUUGUCAUCACAGCCAUCCUGGGCUCCCUGCCCUUCUUCCUGCUCCUGGGAUUCGCGGGUGCCGUCCUCCUCAGCUUUGUGGACGUGGGGAGUCCAGAUGGGGAAACGACACAUGACUCCCAGAUCACGCAGGAGGCCGUCCCCAAGUCUCUAGCGACCUCAGAGCCUUCGUACGCAUCUGUGAACCGGGGGCCUCCCCUGGACAGGGCUGAGGUGUAUUCCAGCAAGCUCCAGGACUGA